CAAAAAAAGUGCUGCUCUCGUUUUGGACAGGAUUCCUGCCUCCCACAGCCGCCCAAUCCGAGUCAGCCUCUGGACCUUCACUCUCCUGGAGCCCUCGGUGCUGUUCACUACUGCGCAUCAGCCCUGUGCGUCUGCUCUCUGCGCUCUCAGCUCUCUCAGUGUGCAGGAGACUCUGGUCCCAAAGCAGCCACCAUGGAGGCCAUCAAGAAGAAGAUGCAGAUGCUCAAGCUGGACAAGGAGAAUGCCAUAGACCGCGCCGAGCAAGCUGAGGUGGACAAGAAAGGAGCAGAGGACAAAUGCAAACUGCUGGAAGAGGAGCUGCAGGGUCUGCAGAAGAAGCUGAAGGGUGUGGAGGAUGAGUUGGAUAAAUACUCCGAGUCACUGAAGGAUGCUCAAGAGAAGCUGGAGCAAGCUGAGAAGAAAGCCACAGACGCAGAGGCUGAGGUGGCCUCCCUGAACAGACGUAUCCAGCUGGUUGAGGAAGAGUUGGACAGGGCCCAGGAGAGACUGGCCACUGCAUUGCAGAAACUCGAGGAAGCGGAAAAAGCUGCAGAUGAGAGCGAGAGAGGAAUGAAGGUUAUCGAGAACAGAGCAACAAAAGAUGAGGAGAAGAUGGAGCUUCAGGAGAUGCAGCUGAAGGAGGCCAAACACAUUGCUGAGGAGUCUGACCGCAAAUAUGAAGAGGUGGCCCGUAAGCUGGUCAUCCUUGAGGGUGACCUUGAGCGUUCUGAGGAGCGUGCUGAGGUGGCUGAGGCUCGAAUCAGACAGCUGGAGGAGGAGCUUAGACUCAUGGAUCAGAAUUUGAAGUCCAUGAUGUGCGGGGAGGAAGAGUACUCAACAAAAGAAGACAAAUAUGAAGAGGAAAUCAAAGUGCUCACUGAAAAGCUGAAAGAGGCUGAGACUCGUGCUGAGUUUGCCGAGAGAUCUGUGGCUAAACUUGAGAAGACCAUUGAUGAUUUGGAAGAGAAACUAGCCCAGGCUAAAGAGGAGAACCUAGCCAUGCACCAAGUGCUGGACCAGACUCUAAUGGAGCUGAACAAUUUAUAAAGCGCAAAAUCUGCACCACAAACGAGUCUUACAUGGCAUAGUGCUUUCCAGUGGAGCCCCAUGCAGCAAACAACAAACCUGUGCACACACAUCCCUCACAGGGGUAAGGUCUUGGUAGCUUUAGUUUAAUAGCAACAGAUGCCCUGAUAUUACACUCUGCCAUUUUAUAAGUGUAGAUAGACUCUCUGUAGUAUCUCUCUAAGACACAGGCCCCUUUUAUCAACUAGUUUAUCAGUAGUUAUAGAAUCGGUAGUAUAUCCAUCAGUAUACCAGUGAAGUGACCGUGUUUUUGGCUUUUGAAUAGUUCUGACACAAGACCAAAGUUACUUUAUCCAUCUAAUUACUAAUAAGUGUUUGUUCUAACCAAGGAGCUGUUUACUCAUUUAUUAAGUGAUUUAACUACUCCACUGCCUUACUCCCUGUGCUUUAGUCAUUCCAGGGCUUUACUUGACCAAAAUCUAUCCAAAUCAACAGAGGGACUCAUUUUUAUUAUAGAGCUUCAAUUGAUUUCUUGGUUUGCUAUUUAUGUAAAUUUGAUGUACACUGGUUUCAUGUGUGUAAACAAAGCACAGAAUUAGGAGGAAUAUUUACUGAUUGAUCACCAUUAAAUUGACCCUGUUCAGUUUAGUGCUUCUAUUUGUGAGUUAAUCCACCUGCAGGCAUUUCUGACCUGGUCAUGAAUCCAUGUGCAGUUUACACUUUAUCUGCUCUACAAGAGAAGAGCUCACUAGAGAACUGGUUUUAGUAUUUUUGGUCAAGUUAAGAAAUUCCCCUUUUAUAGCUACUAGUAUAGGACAAGACCAGAAGUCCUCUGAGGAGACUCAAGUGUGUGUUUACAGAUAUGAAAUCCGUAUACUCAUAGUCACCAAAAAUGACUUAUGGCCAAAAUAUCAAUGUUGAUUAAAAUCACUUUAUUCUUCAGCUUGUUUUCGAUUUCUUGAUGUGAAUCAUUUUGACAGUUCUACAAGUUUGUAAUGUCUAAAAUAUUUCCUGUUUCAUGGCGUUUCCCCCUCUAAUUAUACCAUGACGUAUUAAAGCUGGUGCGUAUGCCAUGGAGUUGCACUAUUUUGAAAAACAGGAUGUUUUUUUGAGAGUUGUGGCCAUUUAGAAUAAUUGACAGUAAUGUGAGUAAUGUCUUGAUCAGCUAUAGCCCAAUUUUAAAGUCUCACCUAACUAUGCAAUUGUGUAAGCUCUUUGUUAAAGAUGAUUAAAUUGUUGAAUACAA